CCCUGACACCGUCACCAGAAAAAAGGCGGGGUUUCAAGAGCAGAGUACUAUAGCUGAGUGACAGAGUGAGCUUCCCCAACCAAAACCAUCGUCAUUCCUCGCUCACAAUCUUACAUCAUCAAACAUGAACCAAUUUCUGAGGAAGCUUUCAACUCCACACCAGAUUCUGGCCGUGGCUGCCGCCGGUUCGGCACUGUUGUACGCUAACAUCACCGGAAAAUCCAGAUGGUGGAUGGUGAGAUCGAUUCCUACACCGAUCAGGGAAUCAUUGCUACUUCCAUGGAAAUCAAAGCAAUGGGAUCAAUGCCCCUUUGGAUUGCUUCCAAUGUAUUGUCUUAGUGAUGGUUUGGUGGAGGAUGGUUCGGUUCUUCCACCGGACACCAUGAAAGGUGAUGCUUCUGGUGACCCCAUAGCUGAGGUGAGGCCAGAGCGUACGUAUGCCAAUGCAUUUGCCAAGGUCAGCCCUGCUGUGGUUCAUAUUCAUGCUCCAACUAGGGGCAAUUGCUCAGGAACAAUCAUUGAUAAGGACGGGACUGUCUUGACAUGCGCUCAUGCUUUUGUUGAUUUAGGAAAUUUUGGAGAUUCGUAUGAGGGGAAGGUGGAAAUAAACUUGCAAGAUGGCCGGAGACUUGAGGGUACUCUGGUGAAUGUAGAUGUACAUUCAGACAUUGCUAUUGUGAAGGUGGAUUCUAACACACCACUGCCAUCAGCUGAACUUGGUCGCUCGAGUAAAGUUCAACCAGGAGAGUGUGUCAUAGCUGUUGGAUCUCCAUAUACAUUCAGCAAUUCUGUCACGGCUGGUAUUGUAAGUUGUGCUGCUCGUAAAAACAGUGAUAUGCGUCCUGGUGGGUGGAGAGAGUAUAGAGAGUACAUCCAAACAGAUUGCUCAGUCAACCCGGGUAAUUCGGGAGGGCCCUUAGUGAAUAUGGAUGGAGAAGUUAUUGCUGUUAAUGUUUUGAUGGUGCGAAAUGCUGUUGGAUUGAAUUUUGCCGUACCAAUUGAUUCAGUAUUUAAAAUUAUGGAUCAGUUCAAGAAAAAUGGGAGGGUAGUUCGGCCUUGGCUUGGAGUUAAAAUGAUUGAGCUAAAUGAUAAAAUAAUCUCUCAGCUUGAAGAAAGAGGUUCUGCAUUUCCAAAUGUGAAGAAAGGAAUCUUUGUGCCUAUGGUAACUCCUGGAUCACCCGGUGAGCGUGCUGGGUUCCGACCUGGUGAUAUCGUCUCUGAAUUUGAUGGAAAAACUGUUGAAACUGUUCAUGAGAUCAUUGAUAUCGUUGGAGACAGAGUUGGGGAACCUUUGAAGGUUGUUGUAAAAAGAGUGAAGGAUGAGCAGGUGACACUGACUGUGAUCCCAGAGGAGUCAUCUGAUCCGGAUAUGUGAAUGAAUGAAGGUAUCAGGGGCUGUAUGUUUUA